GCCCCUUUGUGACAUCACAAUCAGCUGUUUGAACGCUCCAAUUUGUGCGGUGAGACGAGCAGCAACGGCUGCAGAAACUCAAAGCCCCGCGGGCGAACGCAGCAGCCGCUAGCGUCCACCCGCAGCCCUGGCACCUCCCCCAGCAACAGCCCCCGCGAUGCGGCUCGGCCUGUGAUAGAUAAGCCGCCAACCCCGGGACGCCUUGCAAGCACAACUACCUCAGAGCCAGCCACGUCCGCCGCGCGACCCCCGCCCCCAGGUUUCUGCAUUGCCGUAGAGCGCCCCCCUGAGGCUGCUUCACUCCCUCACCAUGUUCCAGCGCCUCACCAGCCUCUUCUUCAGCACACCCCCGCCUCCCGAGGACCCCGACUGCCCUCAAGCCUUCGUCUCCGAAGAGGAUGAAGUGGACGGCUGGCUCAUCAUUGAUCUGCCGGACAGCUACGCGGCUCCACCCAGCCCCGGGGCCGCCCCUGCCCCCGCGGGCCGCCCUCCGCCCGCGCCCUCCUUGAUGGACGAGAGCUGGUUUGUUACCCCUCCCGCCUGUUUCACUGCAGAGGGGCCCGGAUUCGGGCCCGCUCGCCUCCAAAGCAGCCCCCUGGAGGAUCUCCUCAUCGAGCACCCGAGCAUGUCCGUUUACGUCACCGGCAGCACCAUAGUGCUGGAGACUGGUCCCGCUUCCCCGCACCCCGAGGCUGCCCUGCCUGACCGCGACCUCAGCGAGGGGGAGUUGGCGCCCGCCCGUCGGGAGCCCCGGGCCCUGCGCCACGCCGCCGCCCCUCUGCCUCCGCGGGUUUCUCUGCUGGAGAAGGCGGGCCAGGCUCGGUGGCAACAGCGGGCUCGGCAGCGGGCGGAGCGCCACGCGCUGAGUGCCAAAGUGGUGCAGCGGCAGAACCGCGUCCGCGAGAGCCGUCCGCGCCGGCCCAAGCACCAGGGCAGCUUCGUCUACCAGCCGUGCCAGCGCCAGUUCAACUACUGAGCGUCUUCCAGCUGAGCCGCAAACCUCUCGCGGACUCCCGACCCCUGUCGGCCCCUCCGCCGCAGCCAGUGUGCUGCUCGAGCGGCGCUCGCAGCCCUACCGGGUCUGGACACCAUAGCCUCCCUCUUUUAAGUGUGAGGUCGUGUGGUGAUAGCCACCCUCCUCCACUCUCCCUCAAUUUCCCCAUCUCUGAUCCUCAAUCUGCUUCUGAACCCCACCCCCACCCCUCACCCUCCCUCUUUCUGGCCCCCAUAUCACAGCAUCUAAUCCUCCAUCUCUCCCUCCCCUGACACACUCCAUCCCUCUCUGGUCCCCUUCCCCAUCUUUGACCUGCCAUCCCCCUUUAUGCUUGUCCUCCAGUCCUCUAACCCUGGCCCACUCCUAUUUCUGAGUCUUCUAUCAGUCCCAGAUCUGGCACUUUCCCCACCAUAACUCCCUCCUUACAAGCCUCACCCUGUCUCAUGUUUGGCACUACACUCACUCCGCUUCCUGAUUAUUCAUUCCCAGUAAUUCCUUUCUAAAUGAAUUGGGAGCAGGGGGAGACUAAAUAAUUCUUCAGUCUCCCCCCUUCCCUCUCCCCGGGGCUGGGCUCUUUGGAGUUGCUUAGGCCUGGAAUGGUGAAGUAUGUGGAAGAGAACUGUGAUAUGUGUGUUAGAGGGAGAAGGUGAAGGGAAUCGCGGGGAAGAGGCAGCCUAUUGGAAAUACAGACAGGACAAGUAGAUUGAGAAGCUGUAGUAAGCAAGGAGUCAUGGGAGCUGGCAGUGUUUGCUCAGAGAUGCCAAGCCCUGCUCUCAGGUUGGACUCUGGAGUCUGCCCCCACUUUCCUUUCUUGUAAUCCCACCUCCCAAAUCUUCCUGAAAUUUACUCCUCUGCAGUCUCCUGAGUCUCAAGGGCUUAGUUAAGUACCUUGCCGUCCCACCCCCAAUAUGUCACCCCAGGAAUAGAGGCUGGGCAAGGCCCUUCCAUCCUGUCAAUCUGUUCACAUGCCCAAGGUGCUAGAACUAGCUUAGCAGAGUUGCAGGUCAGAGGGCUUCUAGGCAGAGGAAGUGUACACCCAAGUAAGAAUGCAGAGGAAUGAUACUUGGGAGCACAAGCUGUAGGGUGAAGCUAUCCCGAGACUGACACUCAGCCUUCAUCUUGCCUCUGACACUGUAUUUCAAACCCUGCCCAGGAAGGCUAAAAAACCGUGGGUAGGAGACCAAGAGCUCACUGUCCCAAUCCCCAAAUAAUCCCUAUCCAGGUUCAGGUUCCCCCAGGGCUCUCUUCCUUUUUAAAGGCUGCUGGGAAGAAAUGGGUGCCCUAUGGUUCCUCUCUCCUUUCAUCUACUAAGAACCUGGAUGAAGGAACACGAAUUCCUAGGUAGGACAUGGGACAGGCAGCCAGCUUUCUCCUCCUUGUGGUGGAACUGAAUUUUGGGCUCAGACACCAGCAGCAGCCUCUUGGGAUGCCCCAAGUUGCUUCCCUUUUCUUAUGUCCUUUUCUAGUGCGUGCUCUUUCUUCCUUGAAACUUAAGAUUUCCUGUUACAUACUCACAUAGGUCUGUCACUUUGCCCCCGUCCCAGGUUUUCAGGCCUUACAGCCAAGCUGAGGCUUGGAGAAAACUGCAAUCCCAUGAGGGCAAAGGCAGCUGCCCUCCCUGACCCUACAGCCCCAAGCCUCAUGUGGGAUGUAUGGGUAAGGGAGGGGUAGCCCCAUGGAUGCCAGGAUGGGGACAGAGGAAGCCCUGGUGGGUCUCCCAUCCAAAGGGGUAAACCAAGUCUAUACUAAAAAAGCAGAUCAAUGUCCCAAUGCCAGUCCACUAGGGCCCCAGUUGCUGACAACCUUGCUCCUCUCCCCAAGAUUUUCCUUCAUUUAUGACCUGGUCACUUCACAGCCAUCUUAGGGUCUUCAGAGCUUCUGCUGAAACUCUCCAACUCUUCCUGCCCACUCCUUUGCUACCAGCUGGGGCCUAGGCUGUCCUAGGCAGUGCCCAUCAUCCUUCUAGUGGGGGAAGAGUGAGUUAUAAGGCAUUUGGCUCAACUUUAAAAAGGUCCCUCCCUUCCUUGCCCACAUUUCUGGAGGCUCCUCUAGUUCUAAAACCCUCCAAUCUCAUCACCUGGCUGGUUGCAAUACUUGUUUUUUGUACUUUCCUAUAGAUUCUGUAGCAUUUGAGUGUGGCAAUAUUUUAAUUGUGUAUAGAUUUCUAAGAACCAACACUACUCAGUCUCCUGCUAGUCUGACUCCUGAAGCAUCAGACCUUAUCAUGCUGUAUUGACUGUGUAUGUGCCUUUCACCUUGAGCAUGCUUCAGGAUUUUUAUUUUUAAACCACAGAACUUGAAUACAUUAGGGAACCAGAAUUCACAAAGUCCUAUGCAACCUUAGACAGGAGGGGGUUAGAGAGUCUGUCUUGACUAAUGUUUUCCGAGACCCUAGAGAAGUUUGUGAGUAUUACUGUUAAUACUACCAGCAGUUUGCCAAAUCUGAGUAUGUCAGAGGGACCUGUUUCUAUAGUGAGUCUCAAUUACAUCAAAGGAUGACUUACAGUAACUCCCCAAGACGUACGAGUGCUCUCCUCAAGCUGGGUGUUAUUUUCCAGCCUUAGCCAGUCUGGCCCCAGCAGAGUACCAUGUGUGUAUGAAUGCUGUGCUGUUCUGGAGUAUGCCUGCUCCCUAAACCCUGCCUGGAACCCUGAUCAAUUUGCUCUGACCCAUGUCUUAGGUGCAACAAGGAUCCCAGACCCCUCCAGAGCUCUUGGAUUACUUCUUAAAGCCAUGAGGCUUUAUGUGAGGGGACCAAGUGCAGACACACCAUUGUUCCUUUCAUCUUUCCUCUUGCCCUGCCACCUAGUUCCAAAUGGAACCAACAAGUUGAGUGCAUCCCUCUUGGGUGUUUUGUGUUGAGACUGGCUGAAAGGAGGAGACUGGUUGACCAUGUGUGAUGUGUCAACAGACUCAAGGACACAACCACCUCGACCUGGUCACGUGGCAUGUCUGUGUAUGUGUGUAACAGGAUUCUGAUUGUUAGACUGUAAUGUUAUUCCUCUAUGGGAAAAAAAAUUAAUAUAAAGAAAAACAAAUAAAAAUCUAUUUAAAGCACAUUAUGCUUUCUGCCUGAGU